AUGUCGAGCACUGCUUCCAAUGCUGUGAACGCACCUGAUGCAAAGCGUCUCAAGUCCGAUGUGGCGCCGCUUGAUGCGAGCCGUCUGACGAUCGAGCGCAACUCCGCACCCCGCAACCCCCCGCCGAGCGACAAGCUGGUCUUUGGCCAGACCUUUACCAACCACAUGCUCACUGUCCCUUGGAAUGUGUCGACUGGUUGGGGCGAGCCCAAGAUCCAGCCGUACGGCCCCUUCACCCUGGACCCCAGCUCGGUGAUCUUCCACUACGCCCCGUCGCUCUUUGAGGGCCUCAAGGCAUACCGCGCGCCCGACGGCAGCGUGCGCCUCUUCCGCCCGGAUAAGAACGCGGAGCGCAUGAACCGCAGUGCGGAGCGCAUUGCUCUUCCGACCUUUGACGAGGACGAGCUGGUGAAGCUCAUCAAGAAAACCGUCGAGAUCGACCAGGACUGGGUGCCGAGCGAGCCGGGCUUCUCGCUCUACGUCCGUCCCACGCUCAUUGGUACGCAGGCCUCACUGGGUGUCAGCCCCAGCUCGGAUGCGAUGCUCUUCAUCAUCAUGUCGCCCGCCGGCCCCUACUACUCUUCCGGCGUGAAGCCUGUAGCGCUCGAGGCGAACCCUGCGCGCGUGCGUGCGUGGCCCGGCGGUACGGGUGACGCAAAGCUCGGUGCGAACUACGGCCCUUGCAUUCUCCCCCAGCGUGAGGCCGCCAAGAAGGGCUACCAGCAGAACCUGUGGCUCUUUGGCGACGAGCACUACCUGACCGAGGUCGGUACCAUGAACCUCUUUGUCGUGCUCAAGAACGACGACGGCAGCUUCGAGGUGGUCACGCCCCCCCUCAACGGCAUGAUCCUGCCGGGUGUGACGCGCGACUCGGUCCUUGGUCUGCUCCGUGCGCACGGAAAGGGCGAGUCGAAGCUCGGCGAGCUUCCUGCUGUCCACGUCAGUGAGCGCGAGAUUACCAUGAAGGAGGUCGAGCAGGCUGCCGAGCAGGGCAAGCUGGUUGAGAUCUUUGGUGCGGGCACUGCCGUGGUGAUUAGCCCCGUGGACAAGAUUGGCUACAUGGGCAAGGACAUCCCCGUGCCCGUCACCGAGUCUGGCUUCGGGCCUGUGGCAGAUGUGAUCCUCAAGACGCUGUCGGACAUCCAGUGGGGCAAGGUGUCGCACCCCUGGUCGGUGGCUGUGAGCGAAUAG